AUGGUGGCUUGGGUUGAUAAAGGCAUUCCUCGGGGCCUAGAUGAACUCUGGGAUAUCGAGUAUUGGCAGUUAGGUGACUGGCUUGAUCCUACAGCACCACCGGACCAGCCUGGCGACUCACGGACCAAUGCUACCCUGGUAGCUGAUGCAUACCUCGUAAGAGUCACACGGGUCAUUGCGCAAGUUUCUGAACUGCUUCGUGAAUCAUCUAAUGCCGCCCGCUAUCACGCUGACUACCUACGCUUGAAAUCGACGGCCCUCAGUCUCGCUCUAAUGUUCUCUCUUCUUGGCUCGGAAAAGCAAAAUACCGAGGCAGGCAGACGUCUGGCAUACCUGGUCCGACUUGCGAACUUCCGUGUAUCAACCGGUUUCGUCGGCACUCCAAUUAUCACACAUGCUCUCACGCGUGCAGGGUAUGCACAGCUCGCGUAUCGUAUGCUCCUUGAGAAAGGUUGCCCAUCUUGGAUGUACCCAAUUACGAUGGGUGCCACUACUAUCUGGGAACGCUGGGACAGCAUGAAAGCAGAUGGUUCCGUCAACGGUGGGGAAAUGACCAGUUUCAACCAUUACGCCCUCGGAUUAAUCAUCAACUGGCUCCAUACUACCGUGGCUGGAAUGACUGAGAUUGAGCCUGGUUGGAGAAAGAUCAAGGUUCAGCCGAUUCCGGGUGGUACCAUCACAUCUGCGAAAGCGACUUACGAGAGUCCCUACGGCAGAGUGGAGUGUGCCUGGGAGGUACACAAUAACGAGGAAUUUGUUGUGGACCUUGUUGUGCCCCCAAAUAGCAGAGCGCUUGUCGUUCUUCCUAAUGACAACGAGGGACUGUGGGCUGGAUCAGGUCGUCACUCGUUUACUAGGGCCUACUCCCCGGCAACAUGGCCACCUGCGCCGAUUCGUGAUUUCUUCAGGCAGCCAAACAAUAAACUUAUUGCUUUGAAUGGGAAGUUUGCCAAUGGAUAUAAGCUUGUUUCAGAAUAG